AUGGCUGAAAUAUACCACAGUGAACAUAAACAUUCUAUAGUGUUUAAAGAAAAAAUUCGUAAAUUAUUUGGUGAGGAAUUAAGAAUAAUUAGCCUAGAAGAUGAUUUUUCAAAUGAUGGUGUAUUGGAAUCUAAUGUCUUUUCAAAAAGUGUUUUACGCUUUCUUGUUGAAAUGAAAAAUGAAAUUGGCACUGGUAGCUGUAAUCCAACUGUCCAAGCUACUGGACCAUGGGUGUGUAUUUUAGAGGCAGUAUAUAUUGAGAAACCCAUUGUAGAUCUCUUGAUGGACUUUAUAUCUCUUAUUUCUACAAACAAUCAAGCCUAUGUGGAGCGAGUGGCACGACUUUUCAAAGCUUUGUACUUGGGAGUCAAUAGGCUAAAAGAGUAUUAUGUAUCGCUAGAUAUACCUACAAAUCGACAAAAUUCAUACCGAUUUUUUUCCUAUCUGAAUCAAUACAAACACCAAGAUACAAUCAUAGAAUUUACAUAUGAAGGAAAACUUCAAUAUAAUCGUAGAACAUACGAACUAUGUAGCAAAAUUGGAAAAGUACCAAAAUUACUCUAUAUUAACAAAGAGAUGGUAAAUGGUUUCUAUAUGGAAUAUAAAAAUGCUAUUGACAAAUUGCAUGAGGAAAAUUUCGAUUGGGCUGGUAAAGAUGAAAUUGAGUGCUAUCUAUCUUUUAUGAAUCAUAAACAUAUUAAUUGGCCACUAGGGGCUGAAGAUAGGAAAAAACUGGAUCAGAAACAUGAUAUUUAUUGGUUGGAGCUGUUGAAAUCUAAAUACUUAGGUGAGAGUGUAGAUCUUGAAUAA